UUCAAGUAUUAACAGUGAUGUUAAUGAUCCAAUGUCCAGUUUACAGACUUAACUUAAACUUAAACUAACACGGUGAACAUUAUAGCUGCUAAACAUCUGCAUGUUAGCAUUUAGCUCAAAGCGCCGCCGUGCUUGACUCUCGUGCAGAAAUCCGACUGAGUCUGUCUUCGUGUCAUUUCCACAAAACAAGCCGAUUUGUACAGAAACGCGUCACAGUCAUAAUCUUACUUUCUCAGAUGACUGUGAAAUAUUAGGCGGGUAGUUAUGAGAUACACAGAUCUCGUUAUCAUGACGUGCUGAGUCAUAAUUAUGAGGUUUAACAUGUCCUUAAUUAGAGAUUUUUUUUUUAAGAAAACCAAAUGUUGUAAUUAAGAGGAAGAAGAAACUCUGUUACCAGCAAAAGUCCUGCAUUCAGAAUCUGACUGAAGUACAAAAGUCUGAGCAUCAGGUGAAACGUGUUCAUCACUUUAACGCUGCGGCCGCUGCAGGUGGAGCUCAUUUUACAGUUUUUUACAAUCGCUGUGACAGUUUUCCUAAACUCUUAACGCACCGACACGCCUAAAACACACAACUGGCAAAAUGGUUAAUUUCAUGCUCAAAAUCACACGUUGUAAACUAAAACCCCCAAAACUGAUUUUCAAAAUACAAUAAUAAACUAACACACAAUACACCGCAUCUAACAAAACACUGCAAACAUGUUUUAAAAUCAAAUAAUUAUUCGAAACACGAACACAUGUUCUCUUCCAACAGGAACAUUUAGUCAAUCAUAACACAGUGACAAAGAAAACACUAUCAUCAGCUAAAAACUGCAUUAUUCUGUGAGUCAGGUCUGCCCUGAUACAACAGACAGUUGUUAUUGAUCACAGAUUGAGUUCUGCAUCGUAGUUUCUUUUGAAGCCUCUACAUCGUUGUUUCGUCGGGUUUAGUAAAUGCAUGCAUAUUGUUCCUUUUCCACACGAGAUCAGCCCAAAGAGUUCUUUCAGAACAUGUGAUCAUGCGACUGAAACACCUGAGUGUGGUUCCUGAUGGGAAUCAGCUGCGAUUUAUAUAUUUGCAUAACUGCAAUCAGCUGUUUCUCAUUAGCAGUGGGAUAAAACACAGGCAAUAUAUUUGUGUUUGCAGCUGUUCGCUUUGACUUUAGCCUGUAUGAGUUACGUUCAGAACACGAUGUUCUCUGUUCUGACACGCAGCGUGAAAGCGUUUGUAAAUCUGACUGUAAAGUGUAAAGUUGUUUUGGUCUUUGAGCUUGUGUGUAAAAGAAGUUCAAGCGUUUUAAAUCGGUGUUAACUGCGUGCAUUUUGUAUCAAAGCAACAAGACGUGUGUUAAGUGUUUAGCCCACAAAGACGGAUGCUGUGCUAACCGUGUGUGGCCAGCAGCCCCUCCCUCUCGCUAGGCCAGGUGCAACACCUGAGCAGAGCUGGAGAGGGAAACCAUCUGUGGGCGAUAACUAAAGCUAAAGAUAUCACAGGUGACAGGGACAGGUGGGGGGGGGUAGCGUGACAGAAAUACACCUCACCCACCUGGGGGGCUCUCCCUCACAGAGGCCCCCCGGUGAAGCCACUGGCUGAUUGUUUUAAAGCAGGACUUCGUUAACAGACACGAAGCCGGAGCUGGUUUCUCUGUGCAGGUGGACUCUGCCCCCCCCCCAGCCGGGAGGAAGUCUGUAACAGCUGAUGGAUGAUUUGGAAAAUGAUCAGCAGUGACGUGAAGAGAGCAGACAUGGCGUGGCUCCAUCAGAGUCGAGGUUCUCCCAGACUCGUCCUGGUGGUGGUGUGUGUCGCUCUGCUGCUCGACAACAUGCUGCUCACUGUGGUCGUGCCGAUCAUCCCCACAUUCCUCUAUGCCAUGGAGCAUCCUAGUCCAGAGCCCCAGACCGCUCAGCCCUCCCUGCUCCCUUUGCCCAGCCUCAGUGCACCACGUUUGGGCACAGUGCCCUCACAGUCCCCCUCCCCGAGGUCAAACCUCCAGACCUCCAGCCGGACCUCCCAGCCUUCACAGCUCCCUCAGCCCAGCCACAGUGCACCGUUCCUGGGUGCACAGUCAGAGCAGAGUCCCCGGUCGUCUCCUCCCACCUUCCCUCCUCUGGUGUCUCUGUUCGACAACACGACCUUCAGCCUGCAGGAGAUCCGGACUGAACCGACUCCCGACGCCGAGCCGACAGACCAGACCAGCUGGGCCACAGACCUGCAGAUCAACGAGACCACUAACGCUACAGAGUCCUCCUGUCUUCAGGACAGUGCGUUCCUGGAGGAGGAAAAUGUUCGCGUUGGUUUGCUGUUUGCCUCUAAAGCUCUCAUCCAGCUGCUCAUCAACCCGUUCGUCGGUCCGCUCACGAACAGGGUCGGAUAUCACAUCCCCAUGUUUGCUGGUUUCAUCAUCAUGUUUGUGUCAACCAUCAUGUUUGCGUUCUCAGGCACAUACGCUCUGCUGUUCUUCGCUCGCUCUCUGCAGGGAAUCGGCUCGUCCUUCUCCUCUGUGGCAGGUCGACGCUCCGUUCCAUCCACAGUGCGUGUUUACCACCAACGAAGAAGAACGAUGACCUCGUGUCCUCACCUGUGUGUGUGUGUGUGUGUGUGUGUGUGUGUGUGUGUGUGUGCAGGUCUGGGUAUGUUGGCCAGUGUGUACACAGAUGAUGAGGAGAGAGGCAUCGCCAUGGGCAUCGCACUGGGAGGACUGGCCAUGGGAGUCCUGAUCGGAGCGCCGUUCGGCAGCGUGAUGUAUGAGUUUGUGGGGAAGAGGGCCCCCUUCCUGAUCCUGGCCUUCCUGGCUGUGUUUGACGGAGUAUUACAGCUGUGCAUCCUGCAGCCUUCAAAGAUCUCCCCUGGGAGUGUGGAGGGGACUCCGUUACUGACGCUGCUCAAAGAUCCGUACAUCCUCAUCAGCGCAGGGUCUCUGUGUUUCGCCAACAUGGGCGUAGCCAUCCUGGAGCCGACUCUGCCCAUCUGGAUGAUGCAGACCAUGUGCUCCCCUAAAUGGCAACUUGGUAUGGCCUUCCUCCCGGCCAGCAUCUCCUACCUGAUAGGAACAAACCUGUUCGGUGUUCUGGCCAACAAGAUGGGACGGUGGCUCUGCUCCAUGUUAGGGAUGUUUAUCGUUGGCGUCAGUCUGCUGUGUGUUCCUUUUGCCACCAGUAUCUACGGUCUGAUUGGCCCAAACGGAGGUCUGGGCUUCGCUAUAGGUAUGGUGGACUCCUCCAUGAUGGCCAUCAUGGGUUACCUGGUCGACAUCCGUCACGCCUCCGUCUACGGCAGCGUCUACGCUAUCGCUGACGUAGCGCUGUGUAUGGGGUUCGCUAUCGGACCGUCCACAGGGGGCGCUCUGGUCCAGGCGGUGGGUUUCCCCUGUCUCAUGGUGUUUAUCGGCGUGAUCAACAUCCUGUACGCGCCCCUCUGCUUCCUGUUACGUAACCCUGCUGUCAGAGAGGAGAAAAUGGCGAUCAUCGACCAGGAGUGUGCGAUGCACAGGAAAAGCUACAACACACAGAAGGAGAGUCGUGAGUUUCCUCUGAGCGACUACAGCGAAGAAGAAGAGACGGAGGAGUGACACACACACACACACACACACACACACACAUACACACAAUCACACACACACGCACGCACACACACACACACACACACACACACAAUCACACACACACUCACACCUGAAGAAGUCCAUGUUGUGAUGUUGUCUCCAGACACGUUUUACCUUCGUCGUCAGACUUCCUGUCGUCACAGUCAGAACAGAACAGACAUCGAACGCUUCUUAAAGGGACGGUGUCGACAGGACGUCGGCCCUUAAUCUCCUCAUAUAUAAACAAAUAUAAAUGAUUGAUCAUUUAUUACUGUAAAAUGCCACAAAGUCGGGGUUCUGUACGAAAUGUCGUUAUUAAUUCAGGGAGGCUUUAAGGCAUUUUUGUGUGUGCAGCUUUACGAAGUUACUGAUGUGAAUAGAUUUACGCAAAUUCAAUUAAAAGACACCUGGAUGCCUCCAACAGAUCGUCCGCUAAGCCCCGCCCCCCUUAGUUGCUGCUGCUUCGCGCGUCGUUUCGUGUUUUAACAAUGCGUCCCUGAUUUCAGACAGACGUGAACAAAUUAACUGGCGCCGACUUUUUGUUUGUUUUUAGUCUUGAAUGAUGUCAGGCCGAAUAUCUUCUAUCAGCUUUUUUCUAACAACAAUUAGCAGUUUAAUUGAUUGAUUAUAUAAACUCCAGGAUGUUCAAUUUACUGAUAGCAGCCAGUGAGUUGGUUGAAAACUGUGGCUGAUGGAAAUAAGAAACCUGCAAACGGGUCAGAAACAUGCAUUUCACGGCUAAAUACAUGUUAUCAUGCUAACUCGGCACUGUGUAAUGAUUGUGCUUGUGUUGCAGGACAGAGUCGCUAACGUUAGCCGUAGCUCGAAUAGCAUCCAACACACGGGGCUUUUUUUAACCUGUGACCCCACAAAACAAUGGCGUUCGCUAAUGAUAUGGUGCGCUAGGUAAUAAGCUAAUUAGCCGGACAUGCUAACGUUAGCAGACAAAGACAAACACACUGUUUAAACCACUCCCUGCUGUUUCGGAAACUCGUAUUAAACAGAAUAUCUGCGUGACACACCUGCUAGUUACUGCUGCCGCAGUUUAGCGAACGGUCAGUUGGACUCCGUUUGGUGUUUAUAGGGAUUACAUUUAUUUUUGUAAAGCAAAUCAAUGUAAUUUCAUUUAGUGGCAAGUCCAAGAGCCUCUUAAUUUAACGUUCUCAUUUGAAAUUAACUAAAACGCUAAAAAUACAGCUUUGGGAUGAAGGUUCUCUUCUUCCUGAAUUUGUCAUUAUAUUAGAAAGUGUUGUUAAAGGUGAAAAAUACAAAAAUAAUUUCUUCUCCUCCACUAUUUAUAAAUCCCUUAAUUAUCUGAAGGGGGUCUGGCAUUAAGGAGAUUUCCAUGUAAACAUGUGUCACUUCACGUUUUCUGCUGAGAUGUGAAACUGUACCUGAGUCUGUAUCUGACCUCUGACCUGUGUCACCAUUAAAACCUGCUGUAAGUUGGACAACA